AUGACGAAUGCACUUCAUGGUGUGUUGCACGCCAUAGACACCAUCGCCAACGCGCCCGCCUUGCUGUCUGCGCGCCUCCUCGAUCCGGUUCCAAUCAGACCACCAAAGCAAAGCGCAUCAGACCUAACACCACCACGCGCCGUGAGCAGGAAGCGAAGGCUCACAUUACCACUCGACGCCCCCGUCUCAGUCCCCAGCAAAGCGAAAUGGCUCGGCAAAGCAGGCCAUCAGCGCACAUGUGACCAAGCACAAAGCCCCAUAAUGCGACUACCCGCAGAACUGCGUAGUGAAAUUUGGAAGUACGUGGUGUUGGGGAAGAGCAACGGUGUGGUGGAGAUCGGAUGGCGAAGCAAAGGGCACAGCCACGGGCGAGCAAGCGCCUACAAAGUCUCAUUCGACAAGCCACGGGACGAAUGGGGGCCGGGUCUACUAGGAAUGCUGUGUUCCUGCCGCGUCAUCUACUCCGAGACCAUCCACCUAAUCUACAGCCUCCCGAUCUUCUCCUUCCACUACCAGAACGUCGAAACCCUCUUCGCAUUCCUCGGUGCUCUGCUCCCGCACCGCAGAGACCAGAUCCGCAUCCUUGAUCUGCGCUGGCUGGGCCAGUGUAAGAUGCCUAACGACACGCCGCAGCCGCAGCCGCACCAGAUGAAUCGGGGGUGGUCGUACACGCGCAUCAGCAACAUCAGGGCUCUGUCCGAGCUGCCUCGGCCGGCAGUCGGUAGGUCGAAUGCAGGGUUUGUCAAUCCGGACCUGGUCAUUGACGACGUGCUCGGGCGCAUGAAGGGACUGGAGAUGGGGGGCGUGAUGUGGGGGUGUAGAUCUACAGGCUGCUUUAGGCAGGGAGAGGAUGGUGCUGCGUUGGCGGAUGUGUUUGUCAAUGUGAUGCCUAGAGUUGCGCCGCGUGCGAAUCAAGCGGAGUAUGUGGGGUUUUGA